GAUGCCUUGAACGUUUCGAAUUUUCAAAAGUAGUGGAGAGGCUGUGUUCGCGGCCAUUCUGCUCCGAUACAAGCUGAGUUUGGAGUCUAAAACCUUCAUCAAAUAUAAAUAGACUUUUGAUUUUCGUUAGGCAGGGCUCUCGGUACACAAAAAACAUGGCAGAACCACUAAAGUCCCUGAUUGAAAAUAAGCCAGUGGAAAAGACAAAGAAGGAUCCAAAACGGCUGUCUGUGGAGCGGAUCUAUCAGAAGAAAACUCAGCUGGAGCACAUUUUGCUCAGACCAGACACCUACAUUGGCUCUGUAGAGCCUGUUACCCAGCAAAUGUGGGUGUAUGAUGAGGAUGUUGGAAUGAACUGCCGUGAUAUAACAUUUGUCCCUGGUCUUUACAAAAUCUUUGAUGAAAUUCUUGUAAAUGCUGCUGACAACAAGCAGAGGGAUUCAAGCAUGUCCUGUAUCAAAGUCAACAUUGAUGUUGAAAACAACACCAUCAGUGUUUGGAAUAAUGGAAAAGGUAUACCUGUCGUGGAGCAUAAAGUUGAAAAAGUGUAUGUGCCAGCACUCAUUUUUGGGCAGCUCCUUACCUCCAGCAACUACAAUGACGACCAGAAGAAAGUCACAGGUGGACGUAACGGUUAUGGUGCCAAGCUUUGCAACAUCUUUAGUACCAAGUUCACUGUGGAGACUGCAUGUAAAGAAUCAGGGAAGACUUUUAAGCAGACCUGGUAUGACAACAUGGGCAGGGCUGGGGAGGUCAACAUCAAACCCUUUAGUGGAGAAGAUCACACGUGCAUCACCUUCAAGCCAGAUCUGCCGAAGUUCAAGAUGGUCACUCUGGACAAGGACACUGUUGCUCUGAUGACACGCAGGGCUUAUGAUAUUGCUGGCUCCACUAAAGGCGUCCGUGUGUUCCUUAAUGGCAGUCGGUUACCAAUAGUGGGUUUCCGCAGUUAUGUGGACAUGUAUUUGAAGGACAAAGUGGAUGAGGUGGGACAGCCCCUUAAAGUAAUCCAUGAGGUUGUCAAUGGCCGUUGGGAGGUCUGCCUCACCAUGAGUGAAAAGGGUUUCCAACAAGUCAGCUUUGUCAACAGCAUUGCUACAACAAAGGGUGGAAGACACGUUGACUAUGUUGCUGACCAGGUCAUUUCAAAGCUCAUAGAUGUGGUCAAAAAGAAAAACAAAGCUGGAGUUGCUGUCAAGCCUUUUCAGGUGAAGAACCACAUAUGGCUCUUUGUGAACUGCCUGAUUGAGAAUCCAACCUUUGACUCUCAGACCAAAGAGAACAUGACUCUGCAGCAGAAAAGCUUUGGCUCCACCUGCCCCCUCACUGAAAAGUUUAUUAAACAGGCUACCACCUGUGGCAUUGUGGAAAGUGUUAUGAACUGGGUGAAAUUCAAGGCUCAGACACAGCUCAACAAAAAAUGCUCUGCUGUCAAACACACAAAAAUCAAAGGGGUACCGAAACUGGAUGAUGCCAAUGAUGCUGGAGGGAAGAACUCCAUUGGUUGUACUCUUAUUCUCACUGAGGGAGACUCAGCCAAAACACUGGCUGUGUCUGGUCUAGGUGUAAUUGGCAGGGAUCGCUAUGGCGUCUUUCCCCUUCGAGGAAAAAUGCUCAAUGUUCGAGAAGCCUCUCAUAAACAGAUAAUGGAGAAUGCUGAGAUCAACAACAUCAUAAAGAUUCUUGGACUGCAGUACAAGAAGAACUACAGUGACCCUGAAUCACUGAAGACCUUGCGUUAUGGCAAGCUCAUGAUUAUGACAGAUCAGGAUCAAGAUGGCUCCCACAUUAAAGGCCUGCUCAUCAACUUCAUUCACCACAACUGGCCGUCACUCCUGCGUCACAACUUUCUAGAAGAGUUCAUUACUCCCAUUAUCAAGGCAUCCCACAAGAAAACACAACUGUCCUUUUACAGCAUUCCAGAGUUCAACACAUGGAAGGAAAGCCAGGCAAAUAUCAAAUCUUGGAAAAUCAAAUACUACAAAGGUUUGGGUACUAGCACAUCACAAGAGGCCAAGGAAUACUUCUCUGAUAUGCAGAGACACCGCAUUCCAUUUAAGUACUCUGGACCUGAGGAUGAUGAUGCUAUUACACUUGCCUUUAGCAAAAAAUGUGAUGAGCGUAAAGAAUGGCUUACAAAGUUCAUGAUUGACAGGCGACAGCGCCGGGAGCACAACUUGCCAGAGGACUACCUGUAUGGCCAGGCCACCAAAUCUCUUUCCUACAAUGACUUUGUCAACAAAGAACUUGUUCUUUUCUCCAACUCUGAUAAUGAAAGGUCUAUCCCUUGCCUUGUAGAUGGCCUUAAACCUGGCCAGAGGAAGGUGAUGUUCUGUUGCUUCAAGAGGAAUGACAAACGUGAGGUCAAGGUGGCACAGUUGGCUGGUUCUGUGGCUGAGAUGUCCGCAUACCAUCACGGAGAGACCUCCCUGAUGAUGACCAUUGUUGGUUUGGCUCAAAAUUUUGUCGGCAGCAACAACUUGAAUCUCUUGCAACCUCUUGGUCAGUUUGGUACUCGGCUGCAUGGUGGCAAGGACUCUGCAAGCCCUCGAUAUAUUUUCACUAUGCUCAGUACUCUGGCUCGUCUUGUUUUCCCUCAAAUGGAUGACAACUUGCUGAAGUACAACUAUGAUGAUAACCAGCGAGUUGAGCCCGAGUGGUACAUUCCCAUCAUCCCCACAGUGCUGGUGAAUGGGUCAGAUGGCAUUGGCACAGGGUGGGCCAGUAGGAUCCCCAACUAUGACAUCCGAGAGAUCAUCAGCAACAUCCACCGCAUGCUGAACGGAGAGGAGCCUCAGCCCAUGCUCCCAAGCUACAAAGGCUUUAGAGGCACAAUAGAUCAAGUCAUGGACAAUAGUUACUUGAACAGUGGAGAAGUCUCCAUCAUUGACUCAGAGACCAUUGAGAUCUCUGAAUUACCAGUCAAAAUAUGGACACAGACCUACAAAGAGAAUGUACUGGAGCCUAUGUUAAAUGGCACUGAAAAGGUCCCGCCUCUGAUCACGGACUACAAGGACUACCACACAGACACCACAGUGCGCUUCGUGGUGAAGAUGACCCCGGAGAAACUGAGGGAGGCCGAAGCUGCAGGACUUCAUAAAGUGUUCAAGUUACAAAACAGCCUCACCUGUAACUCCAUGGUGCUAUUUGACCAUGUGGGCAGUCUGAAGAAAUACGAGACGGUACAGGAAAUAAUGAAGGAUUUCUUUGAGUUGAGAAUGAAGUACUAUUUGCUGAGGAAAGAUUGGAUGACAGGUAUGCUGGGAGCAGAGGGCUCAAAGCUCAGCAACCAGGCCCGCUUCAUCCUGGAGAAGAUCCAAGGGACCUUGGUCAUCGAAAACAAGCCAAAGAAGGAGUUAAUUCAAAUGCUACAGAAGAUGGGCUACGAUUCUGACCCAGUUAAAGCCUGGAAACAAGCACAAGACAAGAAUGAAGAGGAGAUGGAAGAAGAUGGAGAUGAAGAGGAAAAGGAGAAAGACACAACUGGGCCAGAUUACAACUACCUCCUGUCUAUGCCUAUGUGGUACUUGACCAAAGAGAAGAAAGAUGAGCUUUGCAAACAAAGGGAUGCCAAGCUCACAGAACUGAAUAUCCUAAAGAACAAGUGUCCAGCUGAUCUGUGGAAGGAGGAUCUUGCCCUUUUCUCUGAGGAGCUAGAGCGCGUUGAAGCCAAAGAAAAGGAGGAAGCUGCAGCACCUGCAAAGGGAGCAAAAGGCAAAUUGCUGAAAGUCAAAAAGGAGACUCUUCCUACCCCCCAAGGCCGACGUGUGAUUCCUCGGGUCACGAGCACGAUGAAGGCUGAGGCCCACAAAAAGAAAGGAGUGGGCAAGAGAGUCAAGGAUGAAAAUAUAGUGGUGAAAAUGGAAUUUGGGGAUGAUGGAGAACCUGUGGAAGAGUCUGAGGAGAUGGGACUUGCAGCACGAUUAACCAAGAAAACCAAGACUAAGGAGAAGAAAGAGAAGGCACCAUCAAAGACUGGGAAACAAACCAUUCUUUCCUUUAAACCUGCGGAAAAGAAAGUGAAGAAAAACAAAUGGUCAGAAGACGAGGGAGAAUCUAAUGACGACACCAUGGAAAUCGAAGAACCAUCUGCCCCAAGAGAAAGGGUUGAACGCAAAGCUAAAGCUGUGAUCAAGUACAGCAUGUCCAGCGGGGAGGACAGUGAGGAUGAGUUUGACGACUGGGGAAAGAAAAACAAAACAAGUAAAAAAACAGUAAUGAGUGAUGAUGACAGCUUUGCACCAGAGCCUAGUCUAAACAAAAGCGACAUGGAUUCUCCCAUACACAAACCUGUCGUUAAGAAAGCUGCAAAAGGCAAGACGGCUAAAACAACAGAGGACAAAUUAAUUUCUGACAGUCAAGAAGCUCCGUCAAAACCAAUGGCUCAAUCUAAAGCAAAAACGGCUGCGGCAAAGAAACCUGCUGGGGUCAAGAAAGCAGCUGCACCCAGGAAGAAGGCACUCGGAGAUGCAAAGCAGCCCUCCAUCUUGGACGCCCUCUCAAAGCCCAAAGCUACGUCCAAAAUGGCAGGCAAGAAAGUGCCUUCAUUCAAUUCCAGUGACUCUGAGGCUGAAGUGAAAGCACCUGCUGCAAAGGCUAAGGUCUUCAAACGCAAGCAGGCGAUGAGUGACAACUCAGACAGUGAAUCGGACGACCUCAGGGCACGACUCAAAGCUAAAACCACAGCUGGGAGCAAGAAAAAGAAGUGGGAGGAUGAUGACAGUUUUAACAUGUCAGUUGAGGCGGAAGCACCAGCACGAGUCAAAUCCUCUCGCACUAAAAAAGCGACUAAUUAUAUCCUGGAUUCAGACUCAGAUGAAGAAUAAUUUCACUUGGUUACUAUGUAAAACUGAGGAUAGGUUCUUCAGUAUUUUUUCUCUUGGCUUUUAAAAUAUGCUUUUACUUUAUUUGAAUGUGU